AUGAAGAAGGACGGCGUUACAAUUACUGGGCCUGUCACUGAGCAGGCCACCAACAUCGCGGCAGAACCACUUACUGCAGCCGCACCAACAACAACAAUCGCGCCACUCCCCGGUGCAUCGCAAAUGUCACCCGGCUCUAGUAGCCAAGCGACUACGACAGCUUCCAAAAAGACGCGCGGAACGAAAACCAACAAGGAUAAGCCACCACAACCAUACAUCAGUCCUUUUGAAAGGGAACUUCGUACUGUCCCUAUCGAUUACAAUACAGACAAGCUUAUUUCUGUACAAUGCAAUGAUCGAGGUUUCACCGGGAGCAUGGCAGCUGUUGAUAUCUAUUUCCAGGAUUAGAGUGGGCUAUCAGAGAGUCCAAUACAACGAAUUCUCCCCAUUUAGACAGUGCAAAAAGUGCGCUCAAUUCGGACACACUCAGAAAAGAUGUACGGCUCCUCCUAUGUGCUCGCACUGCUGCAAAACAGACCAUGCUAGGGACAAAUGCCCGGUGGCCACAGCGCCACCUAAAUGUAUUAAUUGCCGAAAUUACAAUGCGGUCUCUAAAGCCAAGACCAAACGCAACACUAAACACUCCCCCUUCCACCAGCAAGAAUGCCUCUGUUUACAAACAAUGCGGGAUAAAAUCAUCAGUAAGAUUGAUUACGGCGUCGAUUAACAGAAAUAAUUGUAGAUCUGACAACAACACAUCCCAACUUGGCUUUAUUCAGGCAAACAUAGGCCAUUACCGGUCAGGCACAGAUGAGCUGUGCAGGGCCUUUCACCGUGGGAACUGCCACUUCGCUCUUGUAACGGAGCCAUAUAUAGGCAAUAACAUCCGGGUGAGGAGUCUUGCUGGUAUCACCAUCUACCAGGCCAUGCCAGUGGAUGACAGAAACGUUAAAGCGGCUAUAUAUUUGUUAAAUAAAACUGGAGUAUUAGGCUGAAAGUCUUACUUAAGUAAUGCCUCAAUACUCGACCCCCAAUCUGGCCGUUCUCAAGAUUACUCUUGGGGUUAAAAACUUUCUAGUUGUAUCAGUGUACGUGGAGCCCGUUAUGAGUAUGAGUAUGAAGUAUAUGCGAGAUUUGAAAAUUUGGGAAGAACAUAUAAAAAGCGGUGGAACUCGAAAGGAUAAAUAUAAUAUAAUUGAUUCGUGGACGUAUGAUCGCUUCGUAAAUCGCGAAAUUGUAACCAGCAAGUCACCACGAAAAACUUGCAACAAUGGGCACUUGCUGCUGCCAGUCAAUUUCCACAGUUGGAAUUCAAAGCCUCCGAGUCAUGGGUCAUCGACUUUAAACGAAGACAUAAGAUUCGUCAGAGAAAAAUUACAAAGUAUGUGUCAGAAAAAGAGACAGCUACGCAAGAGGAAAUCCUUGCUGCGGCAGAUAAAUUUCGACUCCAAACCCGAUUUCUCAUUCCUCAAUACGAUAAGUAUUUUGUUAUCAACACUGAUCAAACAGGUUGCCAAUACCAGUCAACGUAUAACCGAACCCUGGACCACAAAGGAUCGAAAACAGUAUUUGUACAAAGAAAGGAUAUAA